ACUACCGUCGACUGUCGAUCACCAAGCUUUGCAACUCGAUCGGUCCUCUGGUUUUCCAUUUACAUCUCUUAAAUAUCACAGAUUCUCUAAUGGCUCAGAAGGUGGUUUUGAAAAUCAUGACUAUGGAUGAAGAGAAGACAAAACAGAAAGCUAUAGAGGCUGUAGCCGAUGUUUACGGAGUUGAUUCAAUUGCAGCUGAUCUAAAGGAGCAGAAGCUGACCGUCAUAGGAGAAAUUGACACACUUGCGAUAGCGAAAAAGCUGAAGAAGAUAGGAAAAAUAGACAUUGUAUCUGUUGGCCCUGCCAAAGAAGAUCAGAAGAAAGCUGCAGAGAUUAAUACAGAAGAUCAAAAGAAUGACGGAAAUAAAUAAUUACAAGAAACUAAUUAAAUAUUAUUAGAGUACUAGUAAUUAACUUGUUCAGCAAUAAUUAUUAUUUAUAUUGAUAUUAUGGAAAAUGCUUGUAUGCCCCUACCAUUUGCCUGGCUUCUUAGAGUGACCGCCGGUCAUAAUUUUUUUUUUUAUUUAGUGAUUUUA